CCAUCUCUGUUGGUUGCUUCUACAGGCUCCAUGUCAGACCCGGUUUGGAGCACAAAUCUGAAGACCACGUAGGAAGGUUAUUUUCUCCGUGGUCAUGAGUGGAAGCAAUGGGCCGACUGACACCCAUACCUAUCAAUCCUUAGCCGAGGAUUGCCCCUUUGGCUCUGUGGAGCAACCCAAGAGAUCCACGGGGAGACUCGUCAUGCACAGCAUGGCCAUGUUUGGCCGAGAGUUUUGCUAUGCGGUGGAGGCAGCUUAUGUGACUCCAGUUCUGCUCAGCGUGGGCCUGCCUAAGAGCCUGUACAGCAUGGUGUGGCUCCUAAGCCCCAUCUUGGGAUUCUUGCUCCAGCCUGUGGUGGGAUCAGCCAGUGAUCACUGCAGGGCCCGGUGGGGUCGCCGGAGACCCUACAUCCUGACUCUGGCCAUUAUGAUGCUCUUGGGAAUGGCUCUGUACCUCAAUGGAGAUGCGGUCGUAUCAGCUUUGGUUGCUAACCCAAGGCAGAAGCUGAUCUGGGCCAUAAGCAUCACCAUGGUAGGUGUGGUUCUCUUUGAUUUUUCUGCUGACUUCAUUGACGGGCCCAUCAAAGCCUACUUAUUUGAUGUCUGCUCCCACCAGGACAAGGAGAAGGGCCUCCACUACCAUGCCCUCUUCACAGGUUUUGGAGGUGCCCUUGGCUACAUUUUGGGUGCCAUAGACUGGGUGCAUCUAGAUCUGGGAAGGCUGCUGGGCACAGAAUUCCAAGUCAUGUUCUUCUUCUCCGCCCUGGUUCUCAUCUUGUGCUUCAUCACACACCUGUGCAGUAUCCCUGAAGCUCCACUCAGAGAUGGUGCAACUGACCCUCCCUCACAGCAGGACCCUCAGGGCUCCUCACUGUCAGCCAAUGGGACACAUGAAUACGGCUCUAUUGAGAAAGUUAAAAAUGGAGGUGCAGACACAGAGCAGCCAGUACAGGAAUGGAAAAACAAAAAGCCUUCGGGCCAGAGUCAGAGGACAAUGUCGAUGAAGUCACUCCUUCGGGCAUUAGUGAACAUGCCUUCCCAUUAUCGCUGCCUUUGCGUCAGCCACCUGAUUGGAUGGACUGCCUUCCUGUCAAACAUGCUCUUCUUCACAGAUUUCAUGGGACAGAUUGUAUACCAUGGGGAUCCCUACGGUGCACACAACUCCACGGAGUUUCUCAUCUAUGAAAGAGGAGUUGAGGUCGGAUGUUGGGGCUUGUGCAUCAACUCUGUGUUUUCUUCAGUUUAUUCAUACUUUCAGAAAGCUAUGGUCUCCUACAUUGGAUUAAAAGGCCUUUAUUUCAUGGGAUAUUUGCUCUUUGGCCUGGGAACAGGAUUCAUAGGACUCUUUCCAAAUGUGUACUCUACCCUGGUCCUCUGUUCUAUGUUUGGUGUAAUGUCCAGCACAUUGUACACUGUGCCCUUUAACCUCAUUGCUGAGUACCACCGUGAAGAGGAGAAAGAGAAGGGGCAGGAAGCUCCAGGAGGCCCUGACAACCAGGGGAGAGGCAAAGGCGUGGACUGCGCGGCUCUCACCUGCAUGGUACAGCUGGCUCAGAUCUUGGUUGGCGGUGGCCUGGGCUUCCUGGUCAACAUGGCUGGGAGUGUCGUCGUCGUGGUGAUCACAGCCUCUGCGGUGGCCCUGAUAGGCUGUUGCUUUGUGGCGCUCUUCGUAAGAUAUGUAGAUUAGGUUCAUAAAAAGACAUCCACCAAACCUCAGACAAAAGAAGCCUAUGGCAAGAAACCGCUCUUUUCUCGGACUCUUCCGUGUUGUUGGGGAUUGUAUGCCUCAUGCUGGCACUGCGCCUUGCACGUACACGUGGGGAAGGUGUGGUAGGAUUGCCCGCUCCUCUGCAUCUUCCUUACUGCCACGCAACGCAGGAUGAGAGAGUCAAAUUCUGCUUCUCAGGAGAAUCUCAAGUCUUCAUCAUGUCUUAAGAACAAAUGCAUCUUACCUGUAAUGCUUAUAAGUAAAUUUUAAAAGUCAAUUCAUAUACCACUGGGAAAUCACACAUUUCAUCAAAUUCAGAAGCACUUAAAAUAUGACCGAGUGUUUCCUUUA